AUGUGCUCUCCUGUCCCACGGGCCAGCUGGGUGUUCUCUGUGGAGAAUAAUUUAAAGUUGUUUAACGGGGCGGUGCGGCGCUUACAGGCGGCCGCUCCCCUUCCCGCUGUCUUCCCGGUGCUGGCAGAAGACUGCGAGAGGGACGGGGGAGGAGGAGGAGGAGGAGGAGGCGGUGGGAUAAUGAAGCUGACCCGGCACUUUGUUCUGAGAUUAUUUGGAUUCCUGUUGACAUCCUUGGCUGCUUGGUAUUUGGGAUACUUUGUUGCUGCUCAUGUACCCCGAAAUACAGUGUCUAUGGCUGCACUUCAAGAGAUUGGAAAGAAACCAGUGUUGAGGGCCCCAGCCCCCAAAAGGCAGAAGUGUGGCCUCUGGGCUCCCUGCCCACCCGGGAACUUCGCCUAUCGCAUCCUCAGUGGUGGUGGCAAACGGAGGAGGCCUAAAAUUUGUUUUGAGGAUGAGGAGUUUAUAAAUGAAAGGAAUUAUGAAGAUAAAAGUGGCAUAAUCAUUGCCAUUGUGAAUUAUAAAACAGGAAAACUCGUGUCAAGAAAUUUUUUUGAAAUGUGGGCAAGAGACCACUCAAGGGAGAUGAUGGAUUUCAUCAGGAAAGCACCAGAAGGGACCCUCCUUCUGAUGGCCACUCACGAUGAUGGCAGCAGCAGGUUGAAUGAUGACGCCAAAAAAUUAGUAGAAGAACUGGGAAGUAAAGAAAUAAAGAAUAUAAAGUUCAGAUCAAGUUGGGUUUUUAUAGCUGCCAAAGGCUUCAAGCUGCCAGAUAAUAUCCAAAAAGAAAAGAUAAACCACUGUGACCAGACAAAGAACAGAUACAAAGGCUGGCCAGCUGAAAUCCAAAUAGAGGGCUGUAUUCCAAGAAACCUGAUCUGAACAAAUGCAUA